AUGUUCUCACGCACUUUCCUCAACAUCACCAGGGCUGCCUCGCGUCUGCCUCAACUGCCGACUUCCCACCUCUACUCGACGAUGGCUUCCGACAUCACCCUGUACACCUGGGCCACGCCCAAUGGCAUCAAAGCGUCUAUCACACUCGAGGAGCUGGGUCUGCCCUACAAAACAGAGGCAAUUGACAUAAGCACCAACGAGCAGAAGAAAGAGUGGUUCCUGAAGGUCAACCCCAACGGUCGUAUUCCCGCGCUCCUCGAUGGCUCGCAGCGCGUCUUUGAGAGUGGCGCUAUUAUGCUGUAUCUGGCUGAUAAGUACGAUACCAACCGGAGGAUUAGCUACGUGCCCGGCUCGCCCGAGUAUGUCGAGCAGCUGUCGUGGCUGAUGUUCCAGAUGGGUGGACUUGGUCCGAUGCAGGGCCAAGCAAACCACUUCCGCCUCUUCGCCGGCGCCCGCUCCGACUACGGCAUCACCCGCUACCUAGACGAGACAAAGCGCCUCUACUCUGUCCUCGACUCCCGCCUGCAGGAAAGCCCCUAUCUAGCCGGACCCAAGUACACCAUCGCCGACAUUGCAAACUUCUCCUGGGUGCGCGGCGGCCCGCCCGCCCUGGAGAUCGAUCUGGCCCAGUGGCCGGCGCUGAAGAAAUGGGUUGAUGGGAUCGAGAUGCGAGCUGCGGUCCAGAAGGGCGUCGAUGUGCCGCAGACGGGUCGCACGCCUGAGCAGCUCGCUGAAUUCUUUCGCAGUUGUCGGGAAAGGAUUGAUGGUCUGGCGAAUUCGGAUAAGCAGUGA